AAAAGAAUUACAAACUGAACGAAAUAUUAUUAAAAGUGAAAUAUUAGAUGACAAUAUUACAAUCCAAGAUGGGCGAAUUAAAUAUGAAAUACAAGAAGAAGAUAGAAAUGAUGUGGAAAGUGUUGUGAGUGUUAAAGAUGAACCGGUUAUUGAAAAUGAUGAACAAUUGUUCACAAUUAAUUAUGAAAAUAUUAAACUUGUACAAGAAUUACAUACAGAAAUGAUUAUUAAAAGUGAAAUAUCGGAUGAAAAUGUUGUAAUGGAAGUUGAACGAAUUAAAAAUGAAAUACAAGAAGAAGGCAGCGAUGUAAUUAAUAGUUAUAGUGUUGUAAGUGUAAAACAUGAACCUGUUAGUGAAAAUGAUAAACAAUUGUUUACAAUUAAUAAUGAAAACAUUAAACUUGAACAAUUACAUACAGAACUAAUUAUUAAAAAUGAAACUGAUUUAGUAAACAAACCAUUUGCAUGUGAUAUUUGCAAUAAAGGAUUUACUCGCCGGCUUCAUUUAGUUCACCAUAAGCGGAUUCAUACUGGAGAAAAACCAUUUUCAUGUGAAAUUUGUAAUAAAACAUUUAAUCGAAAAGAUAUUUUAGUCCAACACAAAGUCAUUCACAGUGGAGAAAAGCCAUUUUCAUGUGAUAUUUGUAAUAAAACAUUUUAUUAUAAAAAUUCUUUACUUAAACAUGAACGGAUCCAUAGUGGGGCAAAACUAUUUUCUUGUGAAAUUUGUAAUAAAACAUUUAAAUGGCAAAGUAAUUUAGUUCAACACAAAUUUAUACAUAGUGGAGAAAAAUCAUUUUCAUGUAAUAUUUGUAAAGAAACAUUUAAAGAUAAAAAUUCAUUAACUCUACAUAAAAGGAAUCCUCAUAAUGGAAAAAAAAGAUCUAUUCGGUUAGAUGCCUUUUCAUGUGAUAUUUGUAAUAAAAAAUUUUCUCGGCAAAGUCAUUUAGUUGUACAUCAACGGAUCCAUAAUGGGGAAAAACCAUUUUCAUGUAAUAUUUGUAAUAAACAAUUCAAGCGACGUAGUUGUUUAGCUAGCCAUGAACGGAUUCAUAGUGAAGAAAAACCAUUUUCAUGUAAAAUUUGUAAUAAAACAUUUAGACACCAAAAUUCAUUAGUUUUACAUCUACAUCAUGGAAAUCAUCAAAGUGACAUCAUUAAUCAAUUAGUUAUUGACAGAAGUAAUUUAAAAACUUAUUCGCGGCCAAUAAAAAGCACAAAAAAAAUUGUUACAAAAUAA